AUGCAAACAACACUUAUGAUUCUUAUGACGCAAAACAUAAUCAUUUAUGGUGUUUUGAACAUGCAUGGAGACCUGAAAAGUAAGCGCAUUAAGAAAAAACAAGUUUAAGAUAGCAGGUGGAUUGUUUAACACUGUUAAAAAGAACCAACAUUUAAUUCUAUCUGUCACAUUUGAAAUUCAGUAAAAUUAUGUUUGCCAUAGAUUUGUUUUAGUAACUUAAGAGACCAUACUGAAAGAUCACAAGAAGGACAAUUAACACUGGUGUAGUACUUAGUCGCUGAUGGAAAUUAACCCUGCCCCCCCCCCCCCCUUUACCUCCUAGGUCAGUCAAGUGACGUAGAAGCCAAUGAAGUACGCAAACUCUAAGACAUUACUUACCUUUAAUAAGCAUUCGGGUUUUUUCACUAGCUCCUUUAGAAAUAGAAGCACGCGGAGAAAAAGCACAGCUCGCUUAUCAAAGUGCUCUGAAAGAUGGAGCUGUUAAUGUUUUCCGUGGUCGAGUAUUGCUUAUUGGGCAAGAUCGAGCAGGAAAAACAAGUUUGAAGAAGUCUCUCAUUGGUCUACCGUUUAAUUCAAAAGAAAAAAGUACUGAUGGAAUUGAAGUGGAUCCAUCAAAAUUUCAGUUGGGCGUUGAUGAAGUCAGGAAUUGGCAACCUAUUGAUGAGAGAAAACAAGGGUUGCUAGGAUGCUUGAAAGAUGUGGCACAGAUGGUGGUGGAAAAAGAUGAAUGA